CCGGGUCUGCUAUACGCAGUAGGGGUAGUUGUAGGAAAUUCUGCUUAGUGAUGGGCCUAUAUUUCCCAUAUUUGCAGUGCCACGUCAGCAACAGUGCCUCGUCAGCAGUGCCACGUCAGCAACAGUGCCACGUCAGCAGUGCCACGUCAGCAACAGUGCCACGUCAGCAACAGUGCCACGUCAGCAGUGCCACAGUGCCACGUCAGCAGUGCCCCGCCACCAUGACAGGCUCAACUCUGGGCAUGUCAGGCCAACUGGCCAACGAGUCCAUUGCCGAGUACAAACAGCGGUUCCAGACUCAGCUCGCACUGAUCGAGGCUGAGGAACAGCGCCAGGUGGCAGCCGAGGCUGUCCGCCUACAAGCUGAAGCGGCGGCAACAGCUGAGAAGCAGCGGCUUCAGGCCGAAGCAGACGCAGAUACCCAGGCACGCCGCAAGGAAGCCCAGGAUCUGCUACAGCGGCAUGAAGCCACCAGCAUCGAAAAGCUCAAGUUUUGGCACUUUGAACCAUCCGAGGAGCACGACAACGCGACACCGGAGGAGGAGCACAAGGAAUUUAUGGCCAAACUCGUGACUAGGUUGGUUUACACUUGUAACCACCUGCAGUCCGAGCUGGCGAACCUCCAGUGGGCCGUACAGAACCACAAGGCUCAGCACGAGGAUGCAGCACGGGCACUUGAUUCCCGUGUACAAGACUUGGAGCAAACUGCACCAAGACCGGAGGCUGGCGAGUCCAGCAGUGCACCCUCUGCCCGCCAACUGGAGGAACGAGUUGACCACGUAGUCGUAAUGCUCGGCAACAUCAGUACCUUCGCUGCACCAGCCACCAUCAGCUGGACACCUUGAAGACCGAGGUUUAACAGCUGCAGCUGCCUAACAAAGAUGGCAACACCAC